UGUACGAUGACAUCACGACACACCCACUCCAAAAGAAUUGAAGGACUGGACAAAAAUGUCUGGGUGGCGUUUACUUCAGUGGCAGCAGACCCGUCCAUAGUGAACCUCGGUCAAGGGUACCCCGACAUCCCCCCGCCUUCUUAUGUCAAAGAGGCUCUGGCAAAAGCCGCAUCCGUGGACAAGAUAAACCAGUACACCAGAGGCUUUGGUCAUCCCUCACUGGUGAAAGCCCUCGCUCAGGUUUAUGGAAAAGUCUACGGACGGCACAUCGACCCUUUCAAAGAUAUCCUGGUCACAGUCGGAGGUUACGGUUCCUUGUUCAGCACCAUGCAAGCGCUGGUGGAGGAGGGAGACGAGGUCAUCAUAAUAGAACCUUUCUUCGAUUGCUACGUACCUAUGGUACGAAUGGCCGGAGCCAAGCCUGUGCUGAUACCGCUACGCCUUAAGCCUGGAAAGAAGACAAUCACAAGUGCUGACUGGUUUCUUGAUCCGGAGGAGCUUUCCAGUAAAUUCAACUCCAAGACAAAGGCCAUCAUCAUCAACACACCAAACAAUCCUAUAGGAAAGAUUUUUAGCAGAGAUGAGCUGCAGAUGAUCGCUGACCUGUGUAUAAAACACGACACUCUGUGCUUCAGCGACGAGGUGUAUGAGUGGCUCAUCUACAGGGGAAACCAGCAUAUCAAAAUUGGUAUGAUUUAUAUUUAAUCAAUUGUCUGACCA